AUGAUGGAUCUGAUGGAUGUGAGUUCUGAGAUUCAAGAAACGCUUGGUAGAAGCUACAAUGUUCCUGAUGGUCUUGAUGAAGAUGAUCUCAUGGGAGAGCCUGAGGCUCUCGAAGCUGAUAUGGGAGACGAGACAGAAGCAGAUGGGAUGCCUUCUUAUCUCCAACCCGAUAAGCAAAGUGAUUACGAUGAUGAACUUAACUUGCCUCCAAUACCUACUGGGCGUACACAGGGUGGUGUUCAGGCUGAGGAUGUGUUUGGAUUGCCUGCGGUGCCACGAGCUUCUCUUCGAGGAUAA